UGGAGGGGGUAAAGCUCAGAAGCUCAGAAGUCAGAACUCGAUUCGUUAAGCCAUUGAGGCCAGCAAAACUACUCCUCGCGUUCUCAGCAGGAAUUUUGUGGCAGCAGCGGGUUCGUGCUCUUUUUGAGGUCACAGUUGAACAAUGGCCAUGUAUAUCCGUGUGAAGCGUAGUAAGACAACGUACUUCAUCCAGUGUGAACCAACUGAGACAAUUUUAGAUAUUAAGCAGAAAUUGCAAAACCUUAUUGAUCAACCGGCAAAUGAUCAGCGCUUGAUCCUAGUCAGUACUGGGGAAGUACUGGAAGAUUCAAAGACAUUGGCAGACCAGAAGGUGGAAAAUGAUGGCAUUGUUGCACUGACCUUGAGAAAGGAUGACGAUGAGUUUGAAGAAGUGAACAUUGUACGACCAGAUGACUUCUACCAAUCUCAUGACGCAGAUGCAGGCAAUUGGUGAAGUUAGAAUAUUUCUCUCGGAAAGUCUAACUCGCCGAAAGCUUCAGCACGUCAAGUGUAGAUCUCAGUUAUUUACACCUCUUCCAUCAGUCCUCUGCUUGUAUUAUUUCGUGCUUAGUUAUUGUGGGAGAAUCACGAUAAAUGAUAAACAUUCUAAAGUUUUGUAGAUGAUUGGA